UGUUAAAAAAAAAACAAAUACCAACGCAAAUGAAGGUUAUACAAAUACAAACCAAUUAGUACCUUCAAAUUUUGAAAGUAUUAUAAAACAGGUUGAUAAAAAUAAUCAAAUUUUCUCUAAACUAAGAGCUCACGGACGAUUAUCACGAAUAAAAAUUAAGGAACUAUGGUUUACAAUUGUGUGA